GUGAAACGCUGCAUAUUAUUUUUCGUCCCGGUGGGAGAAGAAUAUCGAAUAACUUCAAAACGUUUACAGUUCUAACUAAUCCAACAAUCGAUGUGUAGUGAUUAGAGUAUUUUACAUAAUUAGUGAUGUCGUAGUUCCAAGUUUAAACGAAAUAAUUCAACGGUAGAAAGUUAAUGUUGCAGUAUCCAUAUAGUAAAAUCUAACCUACAAAACAAUGUCCUAUUUGUCGCGCCGAGAGCUGGAGGACAUCCGUCCCUCUCUGGACAAACUUGUUUAUAAGGUGCUGGGAAGUUCCGACUCCUCGGUGCUAUCGACGAUAGAGAGCAAUUUGCACAGUGGCUUCGAUCGUCGGAAAUUGAUAGAAAAGCUUUCGUCGUUUGUGGAAAGCAAGAGGGCAAGCCGGUUGUCGGACAAGGUGGAGGAUUUGCUGGAUGGACUAAAAACGUCCUCGCACCGGUCCAAGAAAAGAACCCACGAGGAGGAUGGCCGGGAAAGGGAUACGAAGAAGGUCAAGACCAAGUAUGAAGAGGAGGGAAAGAAAUCGACGGAGGAAAAAGCCAAGAAGGAGGGAAAUGGAAGUGCAACCACGGAUAAGGAGGAUAAAGGGUCCAAGGACGAUAAAGCAGCCCAGAACUUCUCUUCUAAUCAGAUCAAGAUGAUGAUGGAAAAUGCUCAGAAGGAAAUUGAGGAGCGAAAGAAGAAAUUAGAAUCGAUAAAAGCUGCCAAAGCACCACCACAAUCAGCUGUAGCAGCGGCAGCGGCCGUUAGCGCAAAGAUUACCGCUGCCCAAGCUAAUAUUGCUCCGGUUGUAGAUUUGGAACGGUCUCGAAAGAUAGCUCAACUUCAGGAACAAAUUAGAGCAAAAUUGUCUGGUACAUUAGCUGCAGUUCUUCCACCGGUUGUCCAGGAUAAACCAAAGCCUUUGAUUUUGGAUACCGAAGGACGAACUGUUGAUGCAAGCGGUCAAGCAGUGGAAGUACCGAAAUUAACACCCACUCUAAAAGCCAAUAUUCGUGCCAAGAAACGUGAAACAACCAAGAUACAUCAAGCGGAGAAGCAACAGCAGGAGGAAUCCGCUGAGGCCCACUUUUUCGAUGACCGAAUUACCAUUAAACCUGCCGUUCGUAAUAAGCGUGCCCUACGGUUCCAUGAACCGGGUAAAUUUCAACAGAUGGCAGAGCGCUUACGGAUGAAAUCUCAGUUGGAGAAGCUGCAAAAUGAAAUUUCACAAAUAGCGCGCAAAACAGGCAUCAGCUCCGCUACCAAGCUGGCUCUGAUUGCCCCAAAAGCGGACACCCAUUCGAAUGAGGUCCCUCAGAUGGAAUGGUGGGACUCGGUCAUCCUAACGGACGACCUGAACACGCUGGACAAAAGCGGCCGCAUCUCGAUCCGCGAGUCUGCAAUCACGAAUCUAAUCGAACACCCAACGCAGAUGCGUCCACCAAACGAAUCAUCCCGCCCCGUCUAUCUGCCGGUAUUUCUUACUAAAAAGGAGCGUAAAAAGCUUCGACGGCAAAACCGCCGAGAGGCAUGGAAGGAAGAGCAGGAGAAGAUCCGCCUUGGUUUGGAACCACCGCCGGAACCGAAACUACGUAUCUCCAAUCUGAUGCGGGUUCUCGGUACCGAAGCGGUGCAGGACCCCACCAAGAUCGAAGCUCACGUCCGUGAACAGAUGGCAAAGCGACAGAAAGCACACGAAGAAGCCAAUGCCGCCCGGAAGCUCACAGACGAUCAGCGACGGGAUAAGAAGGUACGCAAAAUGAAGGAGGACACUUCGCUGGGCGUGCAUGUAAGUGUAUACCGGAUCAGAGACCUUCACGAUCAACAGAGCAAAAAGUUCAAAGUGGAAACGAACGCCAAGCAGCUGUUCAUGACGGGGGUUUGCAUUCUGUUCCGGGACUGUUGCGUGGUUGUGGCCGAAGGUGGACCCAAGCAGCAGAAGAAAUACAAACGGCUCUUGCUGCAUCGCAUCAAGUGGGAGGAGGAUUCGGUCAAGAAUGCCGAUGGCAAUGAGGUACCCAACUCGUGCGUCCUAGUGUGGGAAGGUACGGCCCAGAGACGUCACUUUGGGGAAUUUAAAUACAAAUCGUUCCCGAUGGAGAAGAGUGCCCGGGAGUUCUUCCAGAAACAUCACGUGGAGCACUACUGGGAUCUGGCCUAUUCGGGAGCCGUUCUGGAGGCAUCGGAGGACACGUAAACGGGAACCGGAAUCGCAUAACUAUUAAGGAUUAUUAACCUAUUAAGGUGAGUUUGUUGAUGAUUGUUAGUUUUAAUCGUUCUUCGAAAUUCAAAAUCGAUUCGACGUUUUUUUGUUGAUGAGAAGAAGAAAAUAGGGUACUAACUGCUAACGAGGCGCGAGACGUGAAAAUACUAAAUUUAGUUGAAAUAAAUUUGGGUCA